CUUUCCAACAGCGUUGUAGGAAGGGAUCGACUUCAGCUUCGCGGGCAAGAUCGGCAACACGUGCAACUCGCAACUGCCGAUCGAGCUAGGCAAGGCGAAAGGGAUCGCCGGGUUGGAGGACCGCGUCGUGAUGGAGCUGUUCGGGGACUACUUUGAAGGCACCGGCGACAUUACCAGCUACGACACGCUGGUCCGUGUAGGCGUCCGGGCUGGGAUUGAUGGGGAGGAGGUAAGGGCGCGGCUAGAGUCGGGCAAAGGAGGGGCCGAGGUCGACGCCCAGGUGGGCGAUGCGAAGAGCAAGGGGAUCCGUGGCGUACCACACACUACACCAUUCAAGGCCGGUGCGAGGUGGAUGGGGCGCAGAAUCCUCAGCACUUUGUCGAGGUUUUUGCCAAGGUCAAGACGAGAAAUCGACUUAGGAAGCCGCUUUCGAUGAUGGUGAGGAGGGAUUCGGGUACAUCUGAAGAACGGGAUAGAGGGCGUGCUAUCUGUCUGCACGUUCACGGCCGUGUACCUUGCUAACAAGAUCGCGCGGGACUUCGGGCGCCACUUUUUUACAGUAUACCACCAGCUGCAGCGGGACGCUAUUGACAGUGUGGCACCGAGAUUACGGC